AUGAGGCGGAACAUUGUGCCCACGCAGCCAUCGAAUAGUUGGCAGAAAAUUGCCGACCAAAGACGGUUUCAAAUAGAUAGCAGAAUUUCGCCUGAAUGGCGAGUCCCGAAAGAAAUGUUGACCGGCAAGAAUCUCGUGGAUUUGCCCAGGAGGUGCGGUUUAAUGUCUAAGGAGGAGCUAGACAUCACGGAGUCGAAUGCGGUCGAGAUCGUGUCUGCGAUACGAGAGGGCACACUUACAGCAGUAGAUACGACGGCGGCUUUCUGCAAGAGAGCCGCAAUUGCGCAUCAGGCUACCAACUGCCUUGCCGAGGUUCAUUUUGAGGAAGCGUUGCUUCAAGCAGCAGAACUAGACGAGUACAUGCGUGUUCAUCGUAGACCAAAGGGAAUGCUUCACGGGCUUCCGAUCUCGGUUAAGGAGCAUAUCAAGAUGAAGGGCACUACCGCCACCUCAGGACUCAUUGCAUUGGCGAAUGAUGUAAGUGAUGAAGAUGCGCUCAUCGUCCGGACAUUUCGCGAACAAGGUGCCGUCUUCUAUGUUAAAACAACGAACCCACAAACCCUGAUGGCAAUAGAGACAGAUUCGAAUCUUUUUGGAAGGACACUCAAUCCGCACAAUACAAAUCUCGCAUGCGGCGGGAGUACUGGAGGCGAAGGUGCGUUGCUGUCAAUGCGUGGAAGUGUGCUGGGUAUUGGCACUGACAUUGGGGGUUCAAUUCGUGUUCCCGGUGCAUUCUGUGGUGUAUAUGGCUUCAAACCGAGCAUUGGCAGAAUGCCCCAUAGUGGACUGAGUGGUUUAAGCGAUGGGAUGCAGAACGUCGUUGGAGUCAUAGGACCACUUGCUCUCUGUCUCGACGACCUGGAAUUGUUUUGCAGGGCAGCUUUGAACAAUGAGCCAUGGAAGGAUGAACCUUCCCUCUUGGAGAUACCCUGGAAGAUAGACAUGACAAUUCCAGAAAAACUGAGAAUUGGAGUUAUGUGGAGCGAUGGUGUGGUACAGCCCCAUCCACCGAUUACUCGUGCAUUAAAACAGGUUGUCGCAUCUUUGCAAAACCAGGGACACAGUGUUAUCGACUGGAACCCGCAGUUUCACCAAGAGAUAUAUGACGUAGUCAAUGAGGCAUAUUUCCUAGAUGGAGGAGCGGAAUAUCAUAAAUUGCUCGAGGAGGGCCAAGAACCCCCGGUGCCGAUCGUAAAAUGGCUACUAGAUGAAAAGGCCACUCGUCACUAUUCGGUGGAGGAUAGCUGGAGGGUCAAUCGAGACAUGGACAAAUUGCGAACACUUUACGCCAAGCAGUGGAAUAGGCACGACGUUGACGCUAUAAUAUGUCCUGCGAACGCCGCAGCUGCCUCGGCGCACGAUGAAAAUCGGUACUGGGGUUACACGUGUGUUUGGAAUGCUCUGGACUUUCCAGCUCUUGUAUUCCCUGUCAGUUCUGUCGAGCAAACGGAUCAUUGGAGUAGUUUCGAGCCCUUGCAUCCACCCUCUAGCCCGAUGGAUAUGUGGCAUAGGAGUUUGUAUGAUGAUUCCAAUGGACCUCUGAAAUAUGAAGGGGCGCCAGUAUCCCUCCAAGUCGUCGGCAGAAGGCUCAAUGGAGAGAAAGUUCUCCGCAUAACGAGUAAUAUCGUUGAUAUGCUAAAAUCACCGAUAACAGCUAGCAUAUCGAAGAAAAAUAUGGUCGACAAAGUGCCAGUCACGCAGCCGUUUUCGAACCUACAGAACGUAUGUACGCAAACCCUCUUUAUAAGGUACAUCUAG